GGCUGAACGAUUUAUCGUUUUCAGAUCGAAAUUGCGAUUUCAGAAGUCUCAAUCUUGAGAUCGUGAAGGCUUCGGUUUUAGACGAACGUUAUUUAGCUCUCCUGGCUGACAUGUCUGUUGUGUAUAUGCAGCCUGCUCGUGCUACUCUCAUGCCUUGUCAAACUCACCAAUCAGAAGUGGUAAACUACUUGUGAGCAGGGCAUGCCGUCACGCUAACCAAUCAGAGGCGGCCAUUGACGAGGCUACCGCGUACACGCCCACUAACAACUUUGGUGAAGAAACAAACGUCCUGGAGGAAAUGGCUGCUGCCGCCGGGUCAGAAGUGGAGGAGGAUUUAGUUUUAAUACAGAAGAAGAGCAGCACGUCUGUCAUUUGGGACUACUUCGGUUUCGAAACUUCAGAUGUGCAUCAGAAACAGGUACUUUGUAAAACUUGUCGGGCCAAAGUCGCCACAUCCCAAGGCAACACGACUAAUUUAUUCCGGCACUUGAAAAAUCACCACCGGCAGUUACACGACGAAUGUAUGACCAAAAAGUCCGGUGAAAAGUCAACCCCGAGCGAUUCAGCCCAUUGUAGCAAACAUACCACAAUUACAGCGUCGUUUGCCAGUAUAACUCCUUAUGAGAAGAGCAGCCGCAGACACAAGGAGAUAACGACCGCCAUAACACACUACAUUGGCAAAGACAUGGUGUCUGUUAACACCGUUACCAAAGAGGGAUUUCAAAACCUCCUCCACACGCUGGACAGAAGAUACAAGAUUCCCUCCCGCACCUAUUUCAACCAGGUCGCCAUCCCACAGCUUUACGCCGAGUGCAAGGAAAAAGUGGAAAGAGAGGUGAAAAAUGUGCUUUAUUACGCCACAACUACCGAUAUGUGGUCAAGCAGAACAAGCGAACCGUAUCUUAGCUUGACCUUGCAUUACAUAAAUGACGACUUUGAGUUGAAAAGUCGCUGCCUGCAGACAGCAUACUUUCCCAUGGAUCACACAGGAGAGAAUAUCGCCCUCGGAUUAAGAGAGUGUCUAGCAAGCUGGGGUCUGAAAGAGGAGGACCAGACGUGCAUCACAACUGACAAUGGAGCAAACGUCGUCAAAGCUGUGCAGCUUAAUCAGUGGACCAGGCUUCAAUGUUUUGGCCACAGGCUACAUCUUGCAAUUGAAAAUGCUGUUAAAGAUGAUGUAAGAGUUAAACGGGCAACAGGACUCUGCAAGCAGCUGGUUGGACAUUUCUCACAUAGCUGGAAAAAGAAGGCCGCACUGAAAAAGGCACAGCAAGAAUUGAAGAUACCGGAGCACUCACUGAUUACAGAGUGUCCGACGAGGUGGGGCUCACGACAGAGGAUGAUUGGGAGGGUGUUGGAGCAGAGUAAGGCGUUGUCUCAGGUUCUAUCUGAAGACAAGAAGACACGUCACCUGGUCCCCACUUGGCAGGACACAGAUGUCCUUGAGUCAUUAAACAAUGCCCUUGGCCCUCUUCAGGAGUUUACUGAUGCCCUGUCCGGUGAAGCCUAUGUAAGUGUGUCCUACCUGAAGCCAGUCCUCCAUCUCCUGAGGACAUCGAUCCUGACUGUAGACAAAGACGACCCAGAUCUUACCAGGGACAUAAAGUCAAGAGCUCUUCGCUAUAUUGAAGAUAAAUACAGCGACCCAGCCACACAGGAGCUACUAGAUAUUGCUUCGUUCCUUGAUCCUAGAUUCAAAACUGACUACAUAAGAGCAGAGAAUGUCCCAGACAUCAAAGAAAGAGUGAGGAUCGAAAUGGAACAGGUGGCACGAAAGGAAAAGAGGGCCCGUGUCAGCACUACAGAGGCCAUGCCCCAGGGUGCAGCAGAGGCAGAGCCAUCUACUGUGGGGAAGGGAAAGCGGUCAUUGGGCAGCUUCUUCAAGAGCAGACCGUCUGUGCCUCCUCCUUCCACCACCAUGCAGUUGGAGGAUGCCAUUAAUGCAGAGCUGAACAGCUACCUGAUAACUCCUACAAUUGAUGGAGAGGACAAUCCCCUGGCCUGGUGGAGAGUGCACAAUGUUAACUUUCCAUGGUUGAACAAACUGGCUCGCAAGUUUCUGUGCAUACCAGCCACCAGUUCACCAUCAGAAAGAUUGUUUAGUGCUAGUGGCAAUGUUGUCACAUGUCAGCGCUCAUGUCUUAAACCAUCAAAGGUUGACAUGCUAGUUUUCUUGACCAAAAAUCUGUGAAGAGUGAUGUAGAGAUGUCAGGGAAGCAAGUAUUAUUGUUAAAGUACUUUUUAGAUUGUGUUUGUUCUGCACUUUACCCUGACUUGUGGUGUCAGUUUUUGUAAAAAAAAAAAAGAUAAAUGCUAGUUUUCAGGAAUAUUAUGUUCUAUUGUUAACAGAAUAGAUGUGCAAUAUUUGGGUGCUGCUAAGCGGUAAAUGAAUGACCCACCUAUUUUAAUGUCUGACAUAUUUUUCAGAAGGGCAGAGGUUGGGUCAUUUUGUUUUUGUAAUAGUAUUUUCUUUAUUACCAUUACUUUUCAAUUUCACUUUAAAAUAUUGUUCAGGUUUCUUCCAGGGUUGAAUAAAGUACUUGAAUUGCUGCUAUAGAUGUUGAUAGGCUAGCUCUCUUGAGCCAUAAAAGACUGACCUACCUACUUGAGUAUAAGACUGUUUACAUAAGGUCAGGAUCCUUUUUUUCCUUUAUUGAAGUUGUUGAAUUUUGUUUUUCUUAUUAUAUAUUAAGCAUUGCUUUUUGUGUUGGAAUUGUUUUGUAUUUUAUUUAACUUAAACUUUUUUAUUUAUCUUAACAUAAUUAAGGUUUUUGUACUGGUUUUAGUUCUUUAGUUUUAAUAACUGCUGUUGGUCAAGAACUUUGGAGAAUGUACAUGCAUGUUUCUUAAUAAAUACAUGUUUGAAGCAAUUCUUACCUUUUAGUAUUCAUCCUUGCAUUACAUAGCAUUUAAUGUUUUCAUGGUAUAUCAUUUUUUGUCAUGUUUUAAAUCUGUUACUGUUACUGAAGCUUGAUUUGAAAAGAAAUCGUGAGUCAAAAUCGAAAUCGCAAUUUCUGUCAGAAAAAUCGUGAUCAGAUUUUUUCCUGAAAUCGUUCAGCCC